UAGCAGUGAGGGGGGUGAGGCGGGGACAUUACACCUGAGUCAGUGAGGACAGGUGUGUUGGGCAGGUGGUCUGUGCACGGCUCCUGGGGAAUUAAGCUCACAUCACAGAUCGUACAGAUGGCGGAGAAAGGGUCUGCAGGCCUAGUGGCCGUCAUUGUGUUUGGAAAUGUCGUCAUUAUGUUGUGUGGUUUGGCGCUGUUUGCCGAAACCAUCUGGGCCACCACAGACCCGUACUACGUUUACCCUGUUUUGGGGGUGACUGGAAAAGAUGACGUAUUUGCUGGCGGCUGGAUUGGCAUAUUCUGCGGCUUCUCGUUCUUCCUAGUGGCAAUUCUGGGCAUCGUAGCCGCAAUAAAGGGCAACCGGAUGAUGCUUAUGGCGUACCUGGUGUUGAUGAUGAUUGUCUAUAUAUUUGAAUGCGCUUCCUGUAUAACAUCUUUCACCCAUAGGGAUUACAUGAUAAAUUCCAACAUAAUAAAGCAGCAGAUGCUGCAGCGAUACACUGACAACUCCAAUCAGGGGGUGGCCAUCACCAACUUCUGGAACAGACUCAUGCUGGAGAAAGGGUGCUGUGGUGUCGACGGGCCCGCUGACUGGAUUAACUACGCGUCCACUUUCCGCAGUUCGUAUAACGAGUCCACCGCGCCAUGGCCGUUCUGGUGCUGCCAGAGAGACAACAACUUCCAGAUCCUGAAUGUGCAAGGCUGCCGUGUCGGGUACCCCGAUUACAUCUUCUCUACGGGAUGUUUCGAUCAUAUUGGCCACGCGAUUGACAGCUACACGUGGGGAAUCUCGUGGUUCGGAUUUGCUAUCCUCAUGUGGACGAUGCUGGUCAUGUUUGCUGCAAUGUAUUACUACUUCACCAUGUGAGGAGACGGAUCAUAGCGUCGCGACAGGAUGCCGGGGAGGAUUACGGCGGGGAUUUGGGUCACAUUCUGCUUUCUUCAGACAUUCGGGACUUAUGAUUUGCCUGUGUGGGGCAAUGUGCAGCUGUUAUCUCUGUCCCCCUCCCCGGAUCUAAUUUAUAAGCAGAUGUUUAAUCCCUGGGCUCGUUCAUUUUUGAUGUAUUAAGAGACACAAGUCCGCACUCUGUACAUAGCAAGUAGCGUGUCAUUCAGCAGUUUUAUUUCCGGUUUAUAUUCUAGUAUUGCAUAGUGUUUUUGUUUUUUCACUUUACUCAUUUUUCCAUUUUGUGUUUAUUUCAUUUGUAUAAAUUGCUGAAAAUGGUCAUGAUUGAGAACGGUUCUUCCACCGAUUGUCCAGGUUCUAGAGAUCGGGUUUUCGGAAAUUGUCCUGGGGCUGAGAUCACUUUGCUCGUUGACGCCCCCUCUCUACAGUCUCCCAAACCUCUGACUUUUUUUUUAUUUUUGUAUUAUAAAUUUUUUUGGUAUGUUUUAUGUAUGAAAUAAAUGGAUGUUCUUAAA